UUUGGCUUUUUAAUUGCUCCAGAUUCAUUCACAUCCCUCUUUGUACCAUUUCAGGCCUAAUAAGUUUUCCAUGAGGAGCAGCACUGCCAGUGACUACUCGAGUCUGAGUGAUUCUCAGCUGCUCUUCGGCUCCCAGUUCUGCCCAGAGAACGUGCAGUCRGCAGCAGCACCGCUGGAGCUGGGCACACAGCUGGGACAGCAGAACUCCCAGGACAGUGAGCCCAAUAUUUUUACCAAAUACCAGACAAAACCACAGUUAUUUGAUGAAGAAAUAAGAGAAAAAGGUUCACUUAAUUUUGGUGCAGGAAGGGUGAAAAGUGUCUUGGAAAGUUUUGAAGUGAAUAAGAACAAAAUAAAGGACAAAUAUGAGCGUGAAGUCCUAGGCUCCUUUAUUUCCAGCAUCAAAGACAGGCUUCAAGAGCUGCAAGCAUGCUUUGAGAAGCUUGAAGAAAUGUUUGAUUCCAAGCACAAAUCCAUAUUGGUUUGCCUAGAAACCCUUUCCAAGACAUUGGAAGAUGCUCUUCAAAGUCACUGCAGCUUGGUGCUGAAAGCUUUGACAGAUAAAAGCCAAAUGGAGCAGGCACUGCUGGAGAUGGAGAGGAGACUUGUAGCUAAAGAUGUGGAGAUUUUGGAYAUGAAAUCCAGUAUCCAGCUGCUGAAGGAGGGCCUAGAGUCAUUGCCAGCCCAGCUGAAUGACCAGUUCCUGAAAGUGUGUAAAGAACUUGGCUUCCUGAAGCUCUGUAAUGCCUCAGCUGUGCAGCACACACCUUUACCUAGUGUCAGCAUCCCUGCUCACAUGACAGAUAAACCUUCCCAGACCUCUCCUGGGCUGUGCCAGCUCUGUGUGCCGGGUGAGGAGCACCCACAGUGGCCAUGCUGCCCAGGCAGGGGAGUUCACAGCUGCUCAGGCUGUUCUCAUUUCUCCCGUGUGACAGUGGGGCAGCAACAUGGACACUGCCCUGAAAGGAAUCAGGUCACUGCAGAGGGCAUGUCUAAGGGUGACCUAAACCCAGCCUCAGAAGACAAAGCUGGCCCCAUUGCUAGAGCAKCCUGUGGCAGAACAAACACCUCUUUGCCAGAGGUGAAAUACAUCUUGGAGACACAGAGCUGUGCUGCCCGUCCUUGCACGUGCUGGGCUGGCAAACACAUUUUGGGGAGCAGUCAGAAGAAACACUAUCCUGCACCACUGGAAGAGCCUCUACCAACCCCACUGAGGAAGGCAUUCAGGAGAGGCYCUCGAGGGUUUGAACCCCUGACACCAGCACAGCAGCAGCAGCCUCAGAUUCGCCACUAUUCUGCACAGAAAGCUACACCUGGACAAAGACACAGCAACUGGUCCACAGACCACGAGGUGGAGAAGGAAGUUGUAGGGAACAAAACAAAACAUAGUCCAGGAAGGAUCCACUGGAAAAAAGCUAUAGGAAGAAAGAAAGCAUACUCCACUAAGAGGAAAAGCCAGCAUUCUAGAUGUGCUGACAGUGGGUUGAAGCAGAGGAAGGCAAAUGGGAUUAUUGAGUUGGAAAGCUCCAGAAAAAAUUGCCUUCCCAGAUACAUGGUUGAUCUCAAUUCRGAAAGCUCUGACCCGUUUUUUGCAGCUCCCCAUCAGCAGAUCCUCAGCAGUGCACAGCUGGGGCUUACAAAGAGUUUUCCACCAGUGCCACGCUUUGAUAAAAGUCUGCAACAACUUUCAAGCCGUAGUAGUCUUGAAAUUAAAAACAGAGUGAAUGUUUCCAAUGUGAAAAGGUGUCUCUUGGAUUCCUCUCCUGAAGAGAAUGUACUAUCCCUGUGUAGCACAACAGGUGUAGAGCAAAYGAGCCCCUUCAGCCUCCCAAGCCCCACAAAUUCCAGGAAACCACAUCCUGUCAAUCCACUGCCUCAGCAGAACACAGCCCGUUGCUCUUUACUGUUUGAUUGUGAUUCUUCUGAUUAAAGGGGYUAUUUCAUGUUUGGAGCCCUUAGUGCAGGUUUGUCCAUUUCAGUUGYAGUUUAUUCCUCCAGGUGUGUUACCUGCUUAGUCAGAGGCAAGACUCAGGUCCGGAUGCUUGAAAGUGCUAUUGCCCAGUUUGAGAUAGUGUACGGGAGGACAAUGGGGGGUCUGACCAGGGCUAUCCCCUUGUUUAAAAAGCCAAAGGAAUCUGUAUUGCUUUAUUUCCCUGCUCCCAUGGGCUGCCAUGGGCUCCAGUUACCAUAGUAUUUACACAGCAGAGAAGUAUCUGACAUUCCCAGGGAGGAGAGGGCUGGCAGAACACAGGCAAGCAGCUCCAUCAGAUUUGGCACUGAGAUCUACUGGAAACUCUUCAAGAUAGAUCGAYAAAAUGCUAUCUCUGUGGCCAGAGUCUUCACUCUGUUUCUCAUUUGUAGUAUCUCCAUUGUUUUGUUGUGUAAAAGUUCAGGUUUUUAGUAGAGUAGUAUUGUUCUGGUUGAUAUCAGUAAGGUUCAGAUUUGUCUCAGAAGUUGUUUGUGAACUUUGGACAGGACAGGUUUAACUGAGGAAAACCAAAUCCCAGCAUCUCAGGUUCAUCCGCUAUUGUACCUCUUCUCCUCACAGGCUGAAAUUCCUUGGUUUCAGAGAUUACAGGAUAUUAUUUUGUUUCUACUUUGCUUGUCUCUUGUAUCUCUUGGCUGAUUAAAGAAUUCUCCAACAUACCCUUUCCAAGGGCAGUGAUUCUCAGAGACCAAAGAUACAACAGGCAGCUCCAGCAGAUGAGAUGUUGGACAGUCCAAAUUCCCACAGAGAAACUGUUUCCAGGGUACCCAGCUGUGACUAUGGGCAGCUCCCACUGCCUCRGGCAUUUGUGUCACAUUUGAUUUUUAAUCUGAAAUGUUACCAGCAAAAGAAGCAUUUGGUGUUGACAAAACCAUAUUGCCACAAAUCCAAAUUAUCCAGCUCAGUCAUCCCAAGGGAAAUGGCUGGGAUGCCUUUUC